AUGCUUUCUGGGGUGAAGUUUAUUCCCCGAGAUGAAGUUGAUAAGAGUUUCUUAUUAUUUCUUUUUCAUUUUGUUAACUAUUUGAAUACGGAUGAUUUUGUGGAAAAGAAAAGGGAAUCAGAUGGUAGAAGAGAAAAGAAUAGAAGAAAGAAGAAGAAUUCGGGUCAUGAUAGCAAUUCUGAUGAUGAUCUUGAUAGAAUAAAGAAACGGUCAAAGAAGGGUAAGAAGUGGUUCUCGUCCGAUGAGCAUUCAUCAGAAGAUUCAAGUGAUAGUGAGAGUGGUUUGGAUGAAAAGAGUAAUAGUAAGAGAAAAAACAAAAAGAGAAAGAGUAGAAAACGGUAUUCAUCUGAUGAAUAUUCAUCGUCUUCUUCAGAAGAUGAGGUUCGAAGAGCAAGGGCAAAAGGUGGUACAAAGAAGAGCAAGGAAAAACAGCGGGAAAUUGAUGAUGAUGGCAGAGAAUCCCAUUCUAUAAGUAAAAUAGAAAUUGCCAGGAAAGAAAUGGGUUUAGAUUGGAUGCUUAGGCCUGCAAAAGAUGUUGAGGGAAAGCCGACAGUUAGUGUUCACCACGAGCCGGAGGAAUCCCCUGCUGAGGAGAUAACAAGAGUGAACCCUCGGGAGUUGAAUCCAUAUUUGAAGGAUAAUGGAAGUGGUUAUCCGGAUGAUGGAGUUGAGAAAAAAGUUGGUGGAGACCAACUUCCUUCUUCUUCAGUUGUUGGUGAUGGAGGUGCGAGCUGGAGGUUAAAAGCCUUGAAGCGUGCACAAGAGCAAGCAGCUCGGGAAGGAAGAAAGCUUGAAGAGGUUGUGGAAGAAAGAUGGGAUUCCCUUGGUCAAUUGACUGUUUCUGCAUCAUCUCGGAUGGCUGCCCCAUCUCGCGCUCAUCUGCAUGCAAUAAAAAAUAGAAAGAAAGGAUUAAGCACGGAACAAGACUCUAUGACAGACAGUCAAAGUGGGAGAGAUAUUGGAAAGAAUGCUGAUCGAGGCUACUUGAAGGAUGUAUCUGUCCGCCAUCCUGAAAUGCGAGCUCCAAAAGUCCAUGACACUUUGUCUUGGGGAAAACGAAAAAGUCAAAAUAUGUCUGUUAAGGAUGCAGCCCUUGUUUCUGCUGCAGCAUCUAGCUUAAAUAAGUUUACUGAUGAUGGAAGUUUUAUGAGCAAAAUUCUUGGUAAGCAGAAUAAGGAUUCUGGUGGCUCUGUUGGUUCCUCUUCAAAUCAAGAGGAGAAUGUAGAAUCAAAGGUGGCUUCAUGUCAAAUGAACAAACCCAGUGAAGGCAGUCUGUUGGUUAAGGAAGCACUAAGUGCUAACCAGUUGGCAGCCAAGGCUUUGCAGCUUCGCAUGAAAGGAAAGCAUGAAGAAGCUGAGAAACUUAUGCAAGAAGCUGAGAACAUCAAGAUGAAGCAGGCUGCGGAAGAAAAUUCAAACAGACCUCAGAUAGUCAGGAGCAUAAACAGAUCUGCUGUUCAAGGUGUUUCUGCCAGAAGAAAGGAGGAUGAAGAUGCUGAUAGGCAUCUCGCUCAAAAGAUAAUGCAGAAUAAACAGUAUAGUUUAUCUGGUCGGGCUGACGAUGAAUAUGAUUUUGAUGACGGCCCAAGAAGGAAGUCUCGUAAGAAGGGGGAGACAGUGAUCACAAGACAUCUUGUUGUGUCUAUAGCAAACUUCGCAUAUUUAAUGUUGCCACAGUGGCAGCCUCUUGUGCCAGGCCAUUGCUGCAUCUUGCCAGUGCAUCAUGACUCAGCCACAAGGAAUGUAGACAAUAAUGUGUGGGAAGAAAUUCGCAAUUUCAAGAAAUGCCUUAUCAUGAUGUUCUCCAAGCAAGAGAAGGAUUUAGUGUUUCUUGAAACAGUGAUCAACUUGUCACAACAAAGGCGUCAUUGCUUGAUUGAGUGUAUACCUUUGCCUCGAGAAAUUGCUAAACAAGCCCCUCUCUAUUUUAAGAAGGCAAUCGAUGAAGCUGAAGAUGAAUGGAGUCAACACAAUUCAAAGAAGCUCAUUGAUACAAGUGAAAAAGGACUUCGUGGUUCAAUCCCCAAGGACUUCCCUUACUUCCAUGUUGAAUUUGGAUUAAAUAAGGGGUUUGUCCAUGUGAUUGAUGAUGAGAAAAACUUUAAAAGCAGCCUUGGCUUGAAUGUUAUAAGGGGCAUGUUGCAUUUACCUGAGGAAGACAUGUACAGACGCCGGAGGCAGGAAUCAGUAGAGGUACAAAAACAAGCAGUUGCAAAUUUUGCUCGAGACUGGGAACCAUUUGACUGGACGAAACAACUCUGA